AUGUCGUCUGUGGCACCUGAACCCUCCCAGAGACGCGUGGACGAAGAUUGGCCCAAAGUCCCCCAAGUCGAGCAGCGUCUGUCAGACGACGAGAUGCUGCGUCUUGGCGCUAUGCCGCACAGUGACUAUCUCCACAGCCGCUUACUCUUCAGCCACCCCGGCUCGGUAGGGGAGUGCAAGUCACCGGCAUUAUGGUGGGAGGUUGACGAGGACGUCGGUGGCGGUCGCCUCUACACCCGGUCCUGUUGCUAUGAGUGCUUUGAUCGCGGCACCCUAUGCGGGCCGGAAAACGGUGACGAGUUCUCCAUGAAACUCUACGAGGCAGCAGACGGCAGGUUCGACAAGGCGACGAGUCUCAGUUUCUUCGAUCGCCUCUUCUGUGGGUUGAGUGACGACUUGAGCAAUAUAACAAACUCCACAAAGCUGAAAACGGCCCAGACAACGGCCAAGUUGAUUUCGAUGGGGCUGGACGAGUGGCGCACUCGCAUCGCUCGAGGUGCCUUGGAGCCUCUCAGGAGUUGGACGGAAGAGGAUGCCGAGCGCCUGUCAAACAAACUGGCUAGGUAUGAGGAGGUCUACGAGGAGAAGCGGCGACAGCUCGAAGAGGUUGCGUCGGACAUCUACAAUCGCGAGGACAAGGCCCUCUACCAGCAGUUCCGUGAGCACGAGGCUCGGCGUUGUGACGAGGUGUGGAAACGACAUGUCGAAUACAAGCGGAUGGCGGAGCUGUACCGUGGCGAAUUCGCCCGCGAGCAGCACCGCCGUGGCCAUGAGCGUGCGGAGCGUGCCCCACCACGUCGAGCCUUGUCGGCCAGCCAAAAUCCGUCGUCCAGCCAAGGUUCAACAGCCACCCCAAGCUCUGGUACCCAGAAGCGUCCACUCUCGCCUUCAGUUGGAGUGUCACCCUUGAAGAGGUCUUGUAAAAGGUCCCAGUCUCUCCCGUCUGUGUACAUGGGCGUCGUGCAUGUGGAGACCGACUCGGAGGAAGACGCCUAA